AUGAUUCCUCCGUUCGAAACAACCUUCGCUGUGCCUCUCAGCUGUGAAUCGUGCAUCAAAGACGUCUCAACGUCCUUGUACAAGCUUCCCGGCAUUCAGAAUGUUUCCGCCGACCUUGCGAACCAACUCAUCUCGGUGAACGGUACUGCCGCUCCUUCAGCCAUCGUCGCCGCUAUUCAGGACACCGGUCGCGAUGCCAUCCUCCGAGGCUCAGGCAAGUCCGAAAGUGCCGCCGUCUGCAUCCUUGAAACACACUCUUCUGCAGUAAAGGACCACGUACGCGGUCUCAUUCGUAUGGUUCAAGUCGCUUCCAACAUGACUAUCAUUGAUCUAUCCAUCCGCGGACUUUCUCCUGGCACAUAUCACGCGACUGUUCGUGAAACCGGCGACAUCUCGCGCGGCGCUGAAAACACUGGUGGCAUCUGGGAUAUGCUACGUGCAAAAGAGGAGGGUAAGCCUCAAUCUGCUAAGGGUAUCUUCGGUACUGUUGAGGUCAGCAAGAGUGGUAUUGCUUCCGUCUUCCUUGACAAGCCCAUUCAGAUCUGGGAGAUGAUCGGCCGCAGUAUAGUCGUCUCAAGACAGCAAGACGGCAAUUUCGACAAGGAGGAUCCUGACACUCUUGUUGGUGUCAUUGCCAGAAGUGCCGGCGUCUGGGACAACGACAAGACUGUCUGCUCGUGCUCGGGCAAGACUGUAUGGGAAGAGAGGACAGAGCAAGUUGGUAAGGGCAUGCUCUAA